UUCACUACAUUUCCACACGAUGAUGGUCGUCCUUCCUCCCACUAAAGGGACUCUCUGCAACCAUGCCAACCGGUGGGUAAAUCACAUAAACAGUGCCAAAAUGUAUCCGCGUCGGUCGAUUAACCGUUAUGUCUUCCUAUUCCGUGCAAUAAUAUUCAUGGUAUUAACAAGAAAUAAUUAGAAAACAAAACACGACCAAAACUUAAGCCAUCCGAAUGACUUAUCAGCAAUAUAUCAAAAUACUUAUGUUUGGGACUAUGUUUUGUUACCUGUCUGCGGAGGACGAAAUUGGACCCAAGUACUGCGUGAAAGGGAAAGGAAGUUGAUACAAAGUUUGAAACAGGUGCAUGCCCUGAUAACCAACGGGUCUUAACAAGUGAUUUGGAGGCACUGAAUCAAGAAAAUUCGGUAGCAAACUCUGUAGGAAACGAGUACAAAGAGAAGACUGAACCCAAACUCAAAGUUUGUACAAAGAGAACCUCAGCGGUCAGCAGAAUUAUUACCAAGUUUUGUGGGAAAUGGCAGCUAUUGACAAGUCCUCGUUGGAGCCAAGGUACACCGGUUUGCCCCGGAGGUACGAGGAGACGAAACCUGCUAUGACGCAAGGAUUCACCCAUCACAGCAUUCUAGACAUUGGACAAAAACUUCAUUCAAAGGUACAGCUGACAGCCGAGCAGCAGAGAGAUCUUGCAAUACAGGAAGCAGAAGCUCGAGUGUGGGAGGAGGCAGAGGGAGUCAAACAGCAGGCUGUGGAGACAGCGCUGCAACAUGCACAGGCUGAGAAGGAACGCGAGAUUAAGAACAUCAGGAAACAGUACGAGAAGGAACUCAAGGAAGAAGGACUGAAGGUAGAAGGGGAAAUGAACAAAAGGAUGCUGCAGCAGCUGAAGAAAGAACGUCAGGAGGCAGAGGAAAAGCUGCAUGACAGUCUAAGGAAAGCACAGGAGGAGUUUGCAGUACAGAAGGUUGCAGCAGUCAAGGCUGCUCAGGAGGAGGAACGUCGCUUGGCGGCUGCACAGGCUGACAGAGUCGCUCAAAUGAAAGCAGAAGAGGCUGUUGAAACAGCAAAGGCAGCAGAUGAGGACAAAAAGAAGGCUUUAUCCAACCAACAUGAUCAGUUUCAGAGGGACCUGGCCGCAGCCAUUGCGAGAACGCGAGAGGAAGAGGAGAAGAAACAUGCUCGACACGUAGCCGGCUUACAGGCUGAACACGACCAUGAGCUGGCACAGAUGCGGAAAGUGCUCAUGUCACGGGAGGCCGAGCUCAGACAAACCACAAAACAGCUGGACGACAUGACAUCUCUGAAGAUCAAGCUGGAGGGAGACCUCCUGGAGAUGCGACAAGAGUUCACCAGGUUCGCAGAGAGAUGUUCGGGCUUUCAGGAGGGGCAAGCAGACUUCUUAUUUGCAUGAAUGAAUCAAAGAUACUGAGAAAACUCCUCCUGUGGAAAUUGCAAUGACUAAUGUUUGAAUCCUGUAAUGGAUAUCAUGUCUUUCCAUCCAGCAUUGCCUUCAAACAAUGUGAAGGAUUACAGGUAAACAAAUCACUCAAUCUGACAAAUCAAGGAACAAGACAAUUAUGAUUUCUAGGUUUUUUGACAAGUGUGACUGAAAAUGCUAUACUGAACAGCCUUUUUUGACCCGAGUUGACCCAUGUUGUCUUUAAAAUCUUGGACUCUGCUCCACUGUUCAAAUUCCUAUUUGCCAAAGAGAUUACAUGUGCAAACUGCAGAGCGUGUGUUUAUCAUACACAGCUGAUCUACAGCACAACUUUGCUGACGCCUGGCUGCCUACAAGUCACAUGAAUGGCAGUCAUGUAGUUGAUGACCACUCCCUGUCUAAAUGAUUAUAAUAUCAAAUUGAUUAUCAUGCAGAAUGUAUGCAGAAUAAAGAUACUGUAUUUUUUAUGAUUA